AUGAGCGGAGGUGGUAACGGCAUCAAUAAAUUUACACCGGGAAAUGUUUCAUUCCCGGUAGCAUGCCAAUACCAUUCAAAGAAUCUCAAAGCAACAAAUAAAAAAGAAAAUAAAAUCUCAGAAGAUUUGCCUAUGAAUCAAGAAAAGCUUACAAAAAGUGAGGGAAAUGAUCUCAUUCAUAAGGUAAAAAAGAUAGAAAAGGGCAAUAAGGCUGCUGUUCCUUAUAAUACAAACAAGAACAAUAAAAUUGGAGAAAUUUUUUUUACUGAAGAGCAAAAGAAAAUGAGCAGCGAAGAAUUUGAGCAUUAUUUGUAUAGUGUUCCAUAUGACAAAAACAAGAAAAACAAAAUUGGAAAAAAUGAAAAUGAUAAAAAAGUUGAUAAACCAAACAAUGGAGGAGGAGACACAAUGCUUUAUUCAAAAGCUGGGAUAAUUGUAAAAAAGAUAAAAGAAUAUGUCCACAAUAUUGGAGAAUACAAAAUCCAAACUGGACUUGUAUAUCGUAACAAUAGUUUUAAUUCUUCCCAAGAUGAUAGUAAAAAUUUAUUAAAUAUUUCGCAUAUUUUAAUGGGUUUAAAUGAAAAUGAGAGGAAUUCUCAAGAAAAUUUGAGAAAUGCUGCUGAUUUGUUUGUGGCACUUCAUGAGUGUUACCAACUCUUUUCGGCAAUUCCUCUAGUUUUUGAAGUAGAAAUGGUUUUGAAAAAACUUGAGGAAGAGGGAAAUGGAGACGAUCCAAUAAAAUUGCUCGAAUAUUUCCGUUUGCCAACAAUUAAAUAUCCAUUAUUGGAUUUACUUAAAAUUGAGGUAUGUUUAUAUUAA